AUGAUGACCAUUGCCGGAUUCGGAUCGCUGCUGUCAGAAAGAAGCUCAAGGAUGACGUUCCCUGAUCUCCAGAACUUUAGGGUGGCAAAGGUUCCGGGGUAUCAGCGAAUCUUUGGCCACUGUGCACCCAUUUUCUUCCAGAGAGGCAUUGCAAAUCAGGAAACAGGUGAGAUCUCUAGUGUGGGUGUGGAGCCAUGUGAAGGGAAGGAACUCUGGGUGGCAGCCUUUGAGGUCGCAGCCACCCCACAGGCUGUAAAAGCAUUCAUUGAGCGGGAACACGAGUUCCGGUUUGUGGCCGUGCGCCCUGUGACGCCUGAGGGAGUCCCAGAGGAAAGGAUGGCAGUCCUGUGUUGCCGGUACACGGACAAGGAGUACCGUGAACGCCGGUGUCCGCCAGAAGAGUUUCAUAGGCGGUAUGGUCAGUACGGUAUUGACACAAUUUUCAGGGAUGACAUCCUUCCCUGCCGUGUGUACCUCCGGCAUUGUGUUAUGGCUGCCAAAGGCCUCCAUCCACGGGUCUUCCAAAACUUCAUGGACCACUCUUACCUUGGAGAUCGCACCACAACAGUGCGGCAGCACGUUGAGAAGCACCCUUCCAUCAUGACCACACUCCCACCACCAGAGCUAGAAGAACGAUACAGUGGAUGA